AUCGUGCUGUUCAUCAUGCUUCCAUUCUAUUUGGGGAUUUCAUGUAAAUUGGCAAAUGAGCUGGGCCAUAACAAUUAUCGUACAUCAAAAGAAAGGCACUCUUCAGGAUCUCUACAUUAUAAGUCAUCUCUGCCCACACAACGUCGCUUACCUGGUCCAUGCACCUGUCCUGAUGGCGCUAAGAUUCUCAAAGACCACAUCCCACAAGACCAGUAUGAAGAAUUGAUGCAACGGCGAUCUAAAGAGUUCCAACACUACAAAGCCAGGUCUAAUUCAGUACUAUCAAAGCUGCUGUUUGCUUUGCCCAACUCUCCUCUGCAGUAUCCUAUCCAGGGCUUCAUAGUACGACCUUUGACCCCCACUGCCAUACCAGGUUUAGGUCUGCAUGCAGAAGAAAGAAACAGCUAUAAGGUUUUCUUAACUGUGUCUAAUGGUAUGCUGACAACAGACACUCCACCUGAAGAGGCCACUAUUCAAGGUUCUGGUGGGACGAAACUGAUUAUCGAGUCUAGCAGUCUGCUCAUCCUCAAUGACCUGCUGUCCAAAGUGUCCUAUACCAGCACCAUCUACCAUGUAAACACUGGAGACCUUGUUACCUUCCAGUUUGAAAACUAUGAAGCUGUGUUUCCCAUUACCAUCCAGCAGCCUCAGGUACCAGUCCUGUAUGACAUGGGAACAGAUAUCAGCUCUCAAGUCACCAUCAUCACAAAGACCUUUCUGCGUUACAAACAACUGAGGGUGUUGUUGGACAGCAUCCGGAAAUUCUAUAGUGACAUUAAAGUCAUUAUUGCAGAUGACAGUUUACAACCAGAGAACGUUACUGGAGAAAACAUCCAGCAUUACAUCAUGCCUCCAGCACAGGGCUGGUUUGCAGGCAGAAAUCUGGCUGUUUCCCAGGUAACCACCAAGUACUUUCUGUGGGUGGAUGAUGACUUUUUGUUUUCAGAGAAGACAAAGAUAGAGAAACUUGUGGAGGUGAUGGAGGCGGUCCCUGAACUAGACGUGGUUGGUGGGUCAGUACAAGGGAACCGCUUUUACUUUUCUAUUCUAUAUGAGGAAGGAGAUGAAAAUGAAGGUGGCUGCCUAUACAGGAAGUCUGGUGGAAAAUUCCACCGUCUUCCUGGUUACCCACAAUGCCAUUUGGCCAGUGGAGUGGUCAACUUCUUCCUGGCUCGUACAGAUGCCAUGCAGAGGGUGAGAUUUGACCCUAAGCUCCAGCGAGUAGCACAUUCAGGUAUUUUAAGCAUUGUGAUGGCAGCUUUGUUAAUGGUGAUGGCCUGACGGACAUCAGAGCUGGUGGAGUACACCAAGAGCCUUCCUGAUUUGUUCCACAGAGCUCCCACCUCCUCUGUGGAAAACAGCAUGUUAGAUUUGUGUUCUCAUAAGUAAAUAAAUUAAUUUAUCUUGUGUUGUAAAAGACGUUUUCUGAUUGUCAUUUUAUUUUGGAAAUGAUUUUAUUUUGGUGAUCAUAGAUGACUUCACUUCCUGUUCCUUGUUGUUGUGAAGCGCGAACUGCCAAAAAUGGAUGUAUGUUUUGCCCUCCUGUGUUGCGGACAAUAAAAGAAACGGGAAAAGUAAUCAACCAACCAAGAGUGUGUAUUAUUAAGAGAACAUGGCCGAAGAAGAAGAAAACUCUUUGAGCUCAACAGGUUAUGGGCCCAGGCGUGACACAACAGGAGGAAGAUGGCAGAGGUUAGUGUUCAAUGGAGACGAAAACAGUUACGAACUCUGGGAGGCAAAGUUUCUCGGCCACAUGCGGAUCAUUGGUCUAAAGGACACUAUAUUAUCAGCCACUAACCCAGAUGCAGAGAAGAAUGCUGAAUGCUACGCUGAACUGAUUCAGUUUCUUGAUGAUAAAAGCCUUUCACUGGUAAUGAGAGAUGCGACUGACGACGGAAGAAAAGCUUUAAAAAUACUACGUGACCACUACGAUAGUAAAGGCAAGCCCAGAAUCAUCGCACUGUACACAGAGUUGAGUGACAGAUUAUAUUA